CUUCUGCGAUUCCAGAUAAUGGAAGGAGAUCCUGUCUAAAGCUUAAGGUCUUUGUGCGACCAGCAAACAGCUGUAUGAAAACUAUAGGUGUUCAUGAUCGUGUUUUCGAUGUUAACGACAAAGUAGAAAAUUCAUUAGAACCAGCAGAUGAUACCGUACAUGAGUCAGCCGAGCCAUCCCGUGGUGAGAAUGCGGCACAGACACCAAGGAUACCCAGCCGGCUUUUGGCAACUCUAUUGUUCCUCCUGGCAAUGCUUUUGAUAUUAUAGCACAGUAUGCUCCAGCAACCUGUCGCAGAAAAUAUCAGGGUCUUGGAACAUCAAAGAUCCACCUAACUGCUCAUCCCAGGAAAGGGACUUUAUUGUUUUUGCAGAUGUCAAAUUGUUAUUUUUCCCUUUUCUUCUCCCUUUUAGCCUGAACUCAGCAAAAAUUUGAAGGGGAUAACUAACUUCAGCACCCAUCCCUACCUGCCCUAUGACUUUCUUUAACCCCUCCAUAUAAAUAAAAGGACUCCAAAUGAAAAUGCCAAACUAUAAUAGUGACACUAGUGAUUCUUAUUUUCCUCUGCAUUCUCCUUUAAGAAGUCACCUCUGUUAGCUCACUGUGUCAUCCGUAUGUGGACAAGGAGGAUUAGUGGCAGAUGCAGUCAGUGAAGGAUAAGGAAAGUGGGUGAAAGCCUGGGAGAGUUUUUCUAUCUAAUACAAUAUUUAUACCUUCUCAUUCAGCACUGUAAGGUGAUCAUGCAAGGCAUCGUGUCGCCAUGUCAGGACUGGAAGGGAAAUAUUAAGAAUAGAUAUAACACCAUUUCCUCCAGGAGUUUCUAAAUGAACAGGCUUCUGAAAGGGAGGGACGAUGUUUCUUAUAGGACUGUAUUGAAGCAUCUUUGACAGUAGAAUUUGUUCUCAUGAGUAGAAAUGCUGUCUUUGGUGAGAGGAAGAAGUUAGUAUUUAGGAAUGUUAGCACACAGCAGGCAGAUUUAGAAAACUUCACUGGGGGUGUGAGUGCCUCUGUUAUUUCGUUUUAAGGGGAUAAUGCACACCAGAUUAUUUUAUUUUAAAACAAAUCACCGUGUGCUACAAUUUUUUUCUUGAAAUGCAGAGGCACUUUUGAGAAUAAAGUGACCUUCCCCAGCGCUGACUUAGUAGCUGAUAGCCUUGAAUGCUGCUAUGGGUGUUAAUACAUGCUAAGAGAGGACAUCAGUGGCCAGAGGAAACAUGUUUGGGACACAGGAUCUCCAGUGUGCUCUUGAUUUGUCUCUCCUGUAAGUUCCUCAGUCAUGGGAAUAAACCACAUGUAGAAGAAGCCAGGACAGUCUAGUAGCAUUGUUUGAUGGGGGGAAAGAAAAUAAGUGUGGAAUACAAAUUCAAGUGUUGAUUUGUUAUCCUUUCCCCGUCCAACACAAUUUGAAGAGUAGAGGAAACGUGUUUAUCAGCUGGAGAUAAACUAGAUGG